AUGUCACCACUGACUAAUUUGACAUUUGCUCCUGCUCCAACUAUUACAAUGGUCAGUAAUGUCAUUGUCGUCAACAUCAAAGGCCUUCUUCUGACUGGGAUGCCUGUACCGUUUCAUUGGACAUGCCUUCUCCUGGAACUAAACUGUCCUCGAGUUAAGGAACCCUAUGCACAACCUGUGCCACUCAAGAAUGUCAUGCUGGAAUACAAGGGUCCCAUCAAGUUGGAGGGGGAAAGCCAGGACUUUACCACUUUGAGGCUUGAAGAACCCGAGCACAAGGCCAGCCAGGCUGUUACUCCCAAGCUUGAAGAAUAUAGCAAGUGCAGCAUUGUGUUGGAGGAUUCUGAUUGUGACACAAGUCUGCAGUCUGCUACUGUAGCUCCAUUGCCCUGCACUGUCCUCACCUGGGACAAUGGAAAUCCCCAGGCCAAGGAGGGCACACCAUCCUGA